AUGGCUGAGAUACUCGGGGCCGUUUCAGGGGCCUUCGGCCUCACAGCCACGGUCUUGCACAGCAUCAGAGUCAUUUACAGCGACAUUGACAGCAUGAAACGAGCGCCGCAGGAAAUCUCGAGCCUCAAACAAGAACUCAGAAGCGUCGAAUGCCUGGUUCAGAGUCUCCAAGUGUCUCUCGAGGCAGAAGCUGGGACCGACGAUAGCCAAGAACGCGUGAUCGUAACCGCACUCCUCGCCUGCGAAGCUUCGUGUCAAAACUUCCGUCGCGAAUUCCCUAAGCUUCUGCAUUCGACAGACGGAGAUCUGAGUUUGGUUGAGAAAGCCAAGUUUGGGCUCUGGACCAAGAGAAGGAUGGUGCCCUUCUUGGCUGAUCUGAGCAGCUGCAAGUCAACCGUCAGUCUGGUUCUCAGUGGCGCAAACUACUUUGCGGCCCGCGAGCAAUGCAAGCAACUUCAGACCUUUGUUGCCAAAGAAGCGACCGGACCACGCCACCAAGAUGAACGCAUUCUUGAACUCGAGGACGACGACCUUCGACGGGCAGAGCAGUGGUCCCAGGGCUAUCAGGAGCAGCUGUCUUUGUUGCUAGGCAAGGUUAACUUGAAUCGGACCAAAUUCAAAAUGGGCCGAGUGGACAUGGUGGACUCGCAUGGCGCCGUCGGUCUCAACAAUGUAGACGGAACAGAGGGCGACUUGGAUAUUCAGUUUGGCGAUGUCAAGGCCGAAGGAUCUCGGGCUGUGGUUGGAUACAACAAGAACAUCGAUCUCAGCGCGCUUUUCAAAUAG